AGUCAACACUCCUUUUGUUGUCAUUUAGCUAGUGUGCGUGCUUUUGGUCGUCCUUCACUGCACGGACAAAAACUCUGUUUACAGGAGUGAAGAUUUUCAUCCAAAUUGGACACCAUUUUGUGAUAAUAAUUAGACUGAAGGGAAGGCAGAAAAAUGGACAUUUCACCUCGUAGUGGAUCUAAGAGAACCCCGGAGCCCGUCGACGACUGGCUGAGGACUCAGGGAUACUUCAGAAAGAAUGCACCUCACGAUGCGACGUGCUUGUUCAGGGCAGUCAGUGAACAGAUUUAUUUGACGCAGUAUUAUCAUUUGAAAGUUAGAGAGCAGUGUGUGGCAUUUAUGAGGCAAAAUAAGGCCCUGUUUGAAAAGGAAGUGAAAAUUCCUCUUGAUAAUUACUUGGAUCAGCUCUCCUGUGUUACUGAAUGGGGAACUAACGUUGAAAUGCAAGCAAUGGCUCAACUCUAUAAACGAGACUUUGUGAUCUUCAAUUCUUCCAAGAUGGAACGAUAUAAGGCAACUGAUAAUGGAUUCAAAAGAUUCAUUUACCUUUGUCAGAUGCGACUCCGAGUCUUCGAGAGCGUCUUUGAGAGGGAAGUCAUCUCCACCGCAGCUUUUUGUCAAUCUCUCAUGUAUCAAACCCUCUACCAAGACGUCUUCGGCAUGUCCGGUAUCGAUGAUGUGGUCCAGAACAUGCUUCACGAGCGUUCUCCAAGCAUGAGACACACCAAAUUCUUCCUGAAAACUAACGUAGAUCACCGCGACCAUUUGGCAGCAGAGCUACGCACCAAAUUGGACGCAGAAGACUCAACCGACUCCUCUCCAAGAUCGAGGCCUGAGAGAGCCCCAUUCCCUUACCGCAUUGCCAAGGCUCUGGACCCCAACAUUUAUCGCAACAUUGAGUUCGACAUCUGGCACGAGCUUCGCAAAGAGGUCCGCAGUACUGGUUGGACUCGUUGGAACGACUCAGAGCUACAGAUUGGAGCUAAAUGCCUCGUUCAACUGGACAACGACAAGGAGAAUAUCAAUGAAACCAAUAACAACAAGACUCUUUCCACGCCAGAUGCGAAUGGGAAUCUCCAGCAGUUUCCAAACUCUGGAAAAAAAGUCCCAGCCCUUUUGAUCGGUCAUAUCCAGGAGAUGAGUAAGAACAAUGGUCCAGUGGUAGUUUUCAUCGAGGAACUGGGUGAGAAAAAAACAGUGCCCUUCAAGUCUCUGAAGCCUCUGCUAGCUACGCGCAAACCGCACCUCCCACUGGGAGUAAUCAGCCCUCGAAAGAAUCUGUCUCAUGAUCAGUCUCCCAAGUACAGGGCAAAGUGGAACCAUUCCACCCGAAAAUCCAAGGAGUCCUACAACAACGUCGACAAUAUCAACACCAACGAAUACCAGGAUAACAAGAAGUCCCCCAAUUCCGAAUGGGAGGACUCCAACUUCGAAAAUGCCGCAGUCAUUCUUAAACCCUUCACCUCAGUUGACAACUAUUACAACAACAAUAACAAUUUCGUGAAUACAGUGGAGGUUCGACCAGUCUCAAUAGUCCUGGACAAUCCCCAGCCAUUGACAACGAAUCCCAAGGACACCAGGAUGGAGAAGGAAGAAUCUAACAACCCUAAGCCCUCAGUCUCUCCAGGGAAUAACAAUAAUCCACUGGUCCCUAACAACAACCUAUGCCGAUUGGAUAAUUAUGAGAAGCUUCAAGGACAAGUUCAGGCUCAGGGUAACACUCAAGCUCAUGGCCAAGUCACCGAGAUCAUUAAUCCUCCUCCAGGCCUUAUUCAUCCUAUGCAUGCGAAUCAGACUGCCAUGCCACCUCCGCAGGAGUCAUUCUACACUGAAGCCCACACGAUGACGCCCAUCUAUGCUCCAACCUCAAGCGUCUUGUGUGUUCCCUCAGAGGGGAUGUAUCCAGUCUCUUAUUAUGGACCCGGGAGUGUGCCACCUCCAGUACAGGAACGAUUUCGUCCAAUAAACAUAACUGCACAUCUCAGCACUGAUAUCAAUGGGAAUGAUCUUCCCUUCUCGGAUCCAGUGACACUGAGAUUCUUCUACAAUCUGGGAAUUGAAUCGUUCAGAUGUGGCAAUGUUUGGAGUACAGGACCAGGGCCCUAUGGACCAUCUGGAUCAGUGGCGUAUGUGCCUCCAACAAAUGUUGUCCCACUGGGGCCAUCUGUUCCUCCUAGUGAAAAUCCCCCGAGUGUUCCAACACCACCAAGGAGGGACGAGGAAAACAACUUCAGGGGAAGCUACGCAGGUAAGAGGAGGAAUGAUCAAGGGGGCGAUCAGAGGAGCUCAGGGAGGAAUUCUGGUAUGAGUUCUGACAGUCGGGGAAAUUUUAGGACAAAUUAUUCUCGCAAGGAUCAGGCAAACUUCCAGAAAGACAGUGGAGGGAGUUCGACAUAUGAGUAUCAGAAGGGAAAGGGCUUUGGGGGGGAGGAUAAAGAGGUCGUGAGGGAACAGAGGAAGAAUGGAAAUCGAUUUAAUAAUCACAAUAACAACAAGAAGGGUAACGAUAAUCGUGGACGUAAUUACGAGAGGAAUAAUUCAUUCCACGAUUAUCAGAAGGGCAGGGAUGGAACUUUCAGGGGGGAUAAUCAUUCCAGAAAGAGCCCGGGGGAUCAGGUGUUAGGAAAUGUUCAAGGACCUCCUCAGGGAAAUAUUCAGGGGUCGCCACACAUUGGGAAUCAGCAGGCCCAGGGAAAUUAUCAUCAACAGCCUGUUUACAAUGAGGUUUAUUAUCCUAAUGAGGGACAGGGGUAUUAUUCAACCAGUGGAACUUUCUAUCCAGUUGGAUAUGUGCCAUCACCUCAGGAAUCUCCUGAGAACAGUGGAAAUUAUGUUUGCACUGGAGCAGAAAAUUUCCAGGCACCGGUAUCACCGAUUUAUACUCAGUACGUUUAUCCUCCUCCUGGGCUCUAUACUGGUGUUACUUCUGCUGGAGGACAGGAGAACUGGUAUUCUGUUCAGGGGACAACGGGGUUUAUGCCCUAUCAAGUGCCGGUCACUCAACCACCACCUAAUUUGGGGAAUAAACCACCAACGAGUUCAUAAGGGGUGAGGGAACAGAAAAAUGGGGAUGUGAGGGUUUGUUGCUUUAAUGAGUUAAGAUUGCACGAAUUGAAUAGUCGUAGAAAUAUUUUGUAGGAUUUUUUGGAGUUUUUGGCCAAUCAUUUGAAUUUUGAGAUCAGAAAAUUCUAUAGAAAAUAUCUCAAUAAUUGUUUAUAUUAACAAACCGAAGUAUAUUGUCUUCUUCGCUAUGCAAUCAGCGGAAAAUCAACAACACCUUCAAGCGAAUUCUCUAAAAUUUUCUACUAAAUAUCCUCAUGAUUUUCGUGAUCAGAAAAAUUCUUCUAGCUGUGCUGAAUCUCUACAGAAAGAUUGAAGUAGAAAUGAAAGGUGAAUGCACUCGUUUCCCCAUUUUUUUGCUUAUUCUUUUUCUAUUUUUUAUCCGAAUCACUCAUUCAGGCAGUCUCAGGUGCUUUUUGAUGAUAGAUGUAAAGAAACUGGAGUUCUUUAAGAUCAUUCAUGUAUCAUCUCCCUUACAUGCAUCGUUAUAUAUUUUUUUCAUUAUAUGACAACAUUACUUUAUUAACAUCACAUUUUGUUACAUUUUCUAUACAGAAAUAAAGAUGCAAUUUUCAUAGAA